CUGGCGCAAGCGCAGUGCGGAUAAACAGGAAGCGGGCGGCAGCGGCAGCCGAGAACUAGGGGCUUGGUGGGGGAAACAGCGGAAGAACUACGAUUGUCGAGAGAGCGACAGAGACUAACCGAGGACGAGAAAAGAAGCUCUGGCCACCUGUCUCAAGGGACCGAGAGGUUGCGGCUUCGCUCUCGGCUUAAGCUUCCGGCUCUCCAGCUUAGGCUGAGGCAGCGGCUGACAAAGGGCUCGCUCCGGUGCCGCCGCCCUUCGCAUCCGGGCAUUCGGGUCCCUGCGGAGAGGGAGGGGGAAGGGCAGAGGGGGAAGGGAAGGAGCCGGAGGGCCGUGCGCUUGGAGCGGAGGCUCUCUCCAGCGCUCCGGGCCGGCAGCCCAACGGACGGAGGCCGAAGAGGACUAGCAGAGGUGGCGGCUGCCGGGGGCAGGAGGAUGGUGCAGAAGGAGAGCCAGGCGGCGCUGGAGGAGCGGGAGAGCGAGCUCAACGCCAACCCUGCAGUCUCGGCGGGGGCAUCGCUGGAGCCGCCGGCGGCUCCGGCCCCUGGAGAAGACAACCCUACCGGGACCGGUGGAGCAGCGGUGGCCGGGGCGGCAGGAGGAGCUCGGAGGUUCCUGUGUGGCGUGGUGGAAGGAUUUUAUGGAAGACCUUGGAUUAUGGAACAGAGAAAAGAACUCUUUAGAAGGCUCCAGAAAUGGGAAUUAAAUACAUACUUGUACGCCCCAAAAGAUGACUACAAACAUCGGAUGUUUUGGCGAGAGAUGUAUUCAGUGGAGGAAGCUGAACAACUUAUGACUCUCAUCUCUGCUGCACGGGAAUAUGAGAUAGAGUUCAUCUAUGCUAUCUCACCUGGAUUGGAUAUUACCUUUUCUAAUCCCAAGGAAGUUUCUACAUUGAAACGCAAACUGGACCAGGUUUCUCAGUUUGGGUGCAGGUCAUUUGCCUUGCUUUUUGAUGAUAUUGACCAUAAUAUGUGUGCAGCAGACAAAGAGGUAUUCAGUUCUUUUGCUCAUGCCCAGGUCUCCAUCACAAAUGAAAUUUAUCAGUACCUAGGAGAGCCAGAAACUUUCCUCUUCUGUCCCACAGAAUAUUGUGGCACUUUCUGUUAUCCAAAUGUGUCUCAGUCUCCUUAUUUAAGGACUGUGGGUGAAAAACUUCUACCUGGAAUUGAGGUGCUUUGGACAGGUCCCAAAGUUGUUUCUAAAGAAAUUCCAGUAGAGUCCAUUGAAGAGGUUUCUAAGAUCAUUAAGAGAGCUCCAGUGAUCUGGGAUAACAUUCAUGCUAAUGACUAUGAUCAGAAGAGACUAUUUUUGGGCCCAUACAAAGGAAGAUCCACAGAGCUCAUCCCACGGUUAAAAGGAGUCCUGACUAAUCCAAAUUGCGAAUUUGAAGCCAACUUUGUUGCUAUCCACACCCUUGCUACCUGGUACAAAUCAAACAUGAACGGAGUGAGAAAAGAUGUAGUGAUGACUGACAGUGAAGACAGUACUGUAUCUAUCCAAAUAAAGUUAGAAAAUGAAGGCAGUGAUGAAGAUAUUGAAACUGAUGUACUUUAUAGUCCACAGAUGGCUCUAAAGUUAGCUUUAACAGAAUGGUUGCAGGAGUUUGGCGUACCUCAUCAGUACAGCAGUAGGCAAGUUGCGCACAGUGGAGCUAAAGCAAGUGUAGUUGAUGGGACUCCCCUAGUUGCAGCACCCUCUUUAAAUGCCACAACUGUAGUUACAACGGUUUACCAGGAGCCCAUUAUGAGCCAGGGAGCAGCUUUGAGUGGUGAGCCUACAGCUUUGACCAAGGAAGAAGAAAAGAAACAGCCAGAUGAGGAGCCCAUGGAUAUGGUAGUAGAAAAACAAGAAGAAACAGACCACAAGAAUGACAAUCAAAUACUAACUGAAAUUGUUGAAGCUAAAAUGGCAGAGGAAUUGAAACCAAUGGACACUGAUAAAGAGAGCAUAGCUGAAUCAAAAUCCCCCGAGAUGUCUAUGCAGGAAGAUUGCAUUAGUGAUAUUGCCCCUAUGCAGACUGAUGAACAGACAAACAAGGAGCAGUUUGUGCCAGGUCCAAAUGAAAAGCCUUUGUACACUGCAGAACCUGUGACUCUGGAGGAUUUGCAGUUACUUGCUGACCUGUUCUACCUUCCUUAUGAGCAUGGACCCAAAGGAGCACAGAUGUUACGGGAGUUCCAGUGGCUUCGAGCAAAUAGCAGUGUUGUCAGUGUCAACUGCAAAGGAAAAGACUCUGAAAAAAUUGAAGAAUGGCGGUCACGAGCAGCCAAAUUUGAAGAGAUGUGCGGACUAGUGAUGGGAAUGUUCACUCGGCUCUCCAAUUGUGCCAACAGGACAAUCCUUUAUGACAUGUACUCCUAUGUUUGGGAUAUCAAGAGUAUAAUGUCAAUGGUGAAAUCUUUUGUACAGUGGUUAGGGUGUCGUAGUCAUUCUUCAGCACAGUUCUUAAUUGGAGACCAAGAACCCUGGGCCUUUAGAGGUGGUCUAGCAGGAGAGUUCCAGCGUUUACUGCCAAUUGAUGGGGCAAAUGAUCUCUUUUUUCAACCACCCCCACUGACUCCUACCUCCAAAGUUUAUACUAUCAGACCAUAUUUUCCUAAAGAUGAGGCUUCUGUGUACAAGAUUUGCAGAGAAAUGUAUGACGAUGGAGUGGGUUUACCUUUUCAAAGUCAGCCUGACCUUAUUGGAGACAAGUUAGUCGGAGGGCUGCUUUCCCUUAGCCUGGAUUAUUGCUUUGUCCUAGAAGAUGAAGAUGGCAUAUGUGGUUAUGCCCUGGGCACUGUAGAUGUGACCCCCUUCAUUAAAAAGUGUAAAAUUUCCUGGAUUCCAUUCAUGCAGGAGAAGUAUACUAAACCAAACGGUGACAAAGAACUCUCUGAAGCGGAGAAAAUAAUGUUGAGCUUCCAUGAAGAGCAGGAAGUGUUGCCAGAAACUUUCCUUGCCAACUUCCCUUCUCUGAUAAAGAUGGAUAUUCACAAAAAAGUAACUGACCCAAGCGUAGCCAAAAGCAUGAUGGCUUGCCUCCUGUCUUCACUGAAGGCUAACGGAUCCCGGGGGGCUUUCUGUGAAGUGAGACCAGAUGAUAAAAGAAUUCUGGAAUUUUACAGCAAGUUAGGCUGUUUUGAAAUUGCAAAAAUGGAAGGAUUUCCAAAGGAUGUGGUUAUACUUGGUCGGAGCCUGUGACAUUUGUUGGCACUAUGAACUGUCGGAAAGUCUCUUAACUUCACCUGGUGGGUGGUGGUUGGGGUCUUCAUACAGUUCAGCCUCUGGAGCGGCAACAGAUCAGCCGAUUGGGAUUGGAAACAAAGACGACUAUGUAAAACUCAUCAUACUUGGAGACUACUCACUGGUUGAAAUAAGAUAGUAUUGCUGCAAAUUCUGUAUGGAACAGAUGUGGGCCUCAUUUUUGGGUCUUGUGUUAGGUGCCAAGACCUCUUACAUGGGCUUACAGAUAAGGUGUCUCCAAUAAAUGUAGUCAGCACUGUUUUCUGCAUCCAGUGUGAUUGCAUUUCUCACCUAAGAGUAAUCAAAACCAUUUGUCAUUCUCCUUAGCUUAUUGAAUGAAAUGCCUCUUAUUCUUUGGGGACAUGGCAGAGAUGAGAAAGAUUUAGUGGGUUUCAGAGGCUUCA